AUGUUCCUCUCGAAUGAACUACUCUAUCACAGAGACUCGAUCGCAGGAACUAAAGUGGACCAGCUGGUGUUGCCAAGAUCGAAACGAGAGGAAGUGCUGCAGCUGGCUCACGAGUCUCUGUGGGGCGGCCGUCUGGGACCGAAAAAGACAAAAGCUCGCACUAAAUACAGCUUUUACUGGCCUGGAGUCGAGCGUGACGUUGCAGAACACUGCAAGACAUGUCAUGGAUGUCAGAUUCGUUCUGAGAGAAGACGGGAGGAGCGAGUGCCCAUUACUCUAUUGACAAGACCAGAUCAUCCUUUCCAGGUCGUCAAUGUCGACGUCAUUGGUCGCAUGGACGCUCCGACGGGAAGGGGCCACAAGUACGCUUUGUGCGUGGUGGAUCUUUGUACACGCUGGCCGGAGGUCGUUUGCCUACGCUCUCUGACAGCGAGGGCCACGUGUGACGCCCUUCUCGAAAGUUUUUCUCGCGGCGGCGUGCCCGAGGUCAUCUGCUCAGACCAAGGGACGAACGUUACAGCAGAGCUGACACAGUUGAUGCUUGAAAAGUUAGGAUGCGCUCCGCGAUUUUUCACUUCAGAACACCCAGAAAGCAACGGAGCGGUGGAACGGUGGAACCGCAUGCUGAAAAAUAUGCUGUUUCACGUCAUGGAGAGGGAUUCCAGAAACUGGGACAAGUUAGUUCCGUUCGUCUUAUAG